UGUUUUCGUCGAUUGUUAAAUCGUUGGGUCCUAUAACAUAUGUUUGCUUGGAAAAAAAUUUUAAUUUUUUAACAGCCCAUUUAUGCAAAUACUUUAAACGGAAAUUAAUAAUAUACGCCCGCAACAUAUUUCAUGACGAAAUCUUUCUUGGAUCUUUAUACGAUGAAGAAAAAGGAGAAAAGGUAUUAAAAGAAAAUGGUGUUGAAAUAUUAAAAGCUCAACAAAUAGUUCCAUGUUGGGAUGAACCAGCGUUCAAGACCACCUUUACUAUUUCUAUUAAACAUCAUAAAAAGUAUACAGCCCUAUCAAAUAUGCUUAUAAAAACAACAAAACUUGAUAAAAAUAACAUGAAAUGGACACAUUUUUACAAGUCGCCUUUUAUGUCCGUUCAACAUUUGACAAUUGUGAUAACCACAUUCUCUAAAAUUCCUUUUGGGCAUACAAAUGUCACAAUUUGGUGUAGAGAAAGCACGACACAGCAUGUAUUAUUUGCACUAAACAUUGUGGAACAAGUCGUGAGUUUUUUAAAAGAAAGAAGUGUGAUAAAAAUACAAAAAAUUGAUUACGUUGCAUUUUGGGAUGUCCAACACAGUAAUAUUGAGACAUUGGGACUCAUUUUACAUAGGGAAGAAGAUAUUACUUACAUUGGAACAUUAGAUUCUGUUGCACGCAAAAUUGAAGUGGUCAACUUAUUAGCGCGUCAAAUAGUAUCUCUUUGGUACCAUGAUCUGUUAUGGCCGAUAGAAGGUUUCACUACAUAUCUGGCAGCGUACAUCUUGGGAACGAUUCCGUCGCUAUAUUACCUAGAGGAUUUAUUUGUUGUUCAAGUACAACAGGAAUCUUUACACUUUGACAUUCCUUCGUAUACGAACACUACACUACUCAACAUUAAUGACUUAGAUGUUCAAAUAAUUAAGGCUAUUCUUAAUCAUUUAAAAUCAUCUAUUUUAUGGCGUGUAUUACGAUAUCUACCAACUAAAGAUGUGUAUUUCAAUAGUAUCGACACGUAUGCUUCUAAAUAUUAUCAGUCAAAUGCGGAAAAGACCGAUGAUUUAUGGCACGUUAUGCAAACUAAUUUAAAUCUAACUAACAAUCCAUAUAACUUUAAUGUAAAAAAAUAUAUCGAUAUUUGGAUAAAGAACAAUAAUUAUCCUAUACUGUACGCAGUACGAAAUAAUACGAGUAAUGUGAUGUUAUUCUCAUAUCUCAGCCCUGAUGUUAUCGACAAAAACGUGGAACAACUUCCCAUAUUAGUGACAUAUGCAGGAAAAAUAUUCGAGCAUUCAAAUGAGGGAGCUUUUUGGCUAUCACCGCAAAAAGUAAAGAACAUUGGAGGGUUUCCGCAAAAUGAAUGCCUCAUGGUCAAUAUACAACAAGGAGGAUAUUAUCGUGUUAAUUAUAAUUCUGAGGGCUGGCUUAAACUCGAGCAGUGCUUAAUCUCUGAGAACUAUGAAGUACAUGCUCUCAAUCAGGCCCAAAUCAUAGAUGAUGCGUUUUACUUCUUCAAAAAAUAGACAACUCAGUGUUACUACGUUUUGGAAUCUCGCAAGCUUUCUAUCAAAUAACACGAAUUACAUAGCAUGGUAUCCUAUGAUUAAAGUUUUUGAAUACAUGGCUUGUACCUAUUUGUUAGAUGAUACUACGGGCUUAACGCUAAAUAUGAUAAAAAUGUUGAGUGGAACUCUGCAAAUAAUAGGAUACGAAGAAAACUUAGACCAUAUCGAUCUUACUAUAUGUUUAAGAGAGGAAGUCGCAAAAUGGGCAUGUAUCCUCGGUGUUACUGAAUGCAGAAAAGCAGCUACUUUACAACUGAUAAAAGAUCUUCAAAAUCCUGUGCAAGACAAUCGUGUCGCAUGGAAAGAAUGGAAAUAUUGUAGUGGUUUGAUGUCAGCAAACUACACUAUUUGGACCUAUACGUUUGAAAAAUGGACGAAAACGUCUGAUAACAGAAUUUUAAAUUAUUUGAUUUGCUGUGAAGAUCCUUUUAUUAUAACCACUUAUUUGAAUCAAACAAUAGGACUGAUUGAUAAAUCUAUUAUCAAGGAACAAGACAUGCGUGUUAAUAUACUUCUUCUUACUGUUGCGAAGCAUGUAAAGAGCAAUGUAGUGCUUGAUUUUCUAUUGAAACGUUUAGAAAGCAACCAAUUCAAAUUGUGUGGAAAAAAGGAUGUUGAUUUAAUUGUAACAUUAAUUGUCAUUAUUACGAAUAUACAUGACGUACACCAAAUACAAAAGGUAAUUAGUUUUGUGAUACAUCUGGAUGAAGAUCGAUAUUUAGAUGCUAUUAGAAAAAAAGCUAAGAAACGAAGAUCCGAACAUGCAAGACUAAGCGCAAAGUAUGGGUCCCUUGGUAACAAGAAAAUAAUAUAAUAAGAGGUAUCCAUGUUUAAUUUGCCCGAAGUUCGCAUGUAACUGCGAUUUACUCGUAAUCAUCGUACUAGCUUGUACAGGAUCAACAAUGAAAGUUAAUACUGGCAACACUGAUGGAAGGUUGUUGUUAUUAUUCCGACUGGCAAACUUUGUAUUGCCAAUAAUGGUUCUAUAUAUUUGUUAGAAUUAAUAUACUUUAUAUUCGUUAGUUAGUUAACACUAUAGUUCUUUAAUGUUAUGCGCCCAGUGUCGCAUGUGUAUGAAGUUAGCCCCACACUUUAAUAAAAUUAAAAUAAUCGAAAUUGUACUGCAUUGUACUAGUUUUGUACCAAAUUGUAACGUAGUUAAUUUUUUGAAAUCACGCGCAGAUUUCCAAAAAAUCGAAAUUUUUGAAUUUUUUGAGUAGCCCCACACUUUUCGAAAAAUGAUUUUUUCUCGACUGUACUACAUUGUACUAGUUGUACCGAACAUUGUACCGUUUUAUUUAAAUAAGAAAAAAUUUCAAAAAAAUUAGGUCCGUUGACCGCGUUUCGAUAUCUUAAAAAACAGCCGAGUUACCGUAUUUACGUAUUGUUAAAAAUUGCAAAAUUCGGUACUUCCGGUCCGGUUGAGGUGCAAACAAAAUUCAAACUGAAAUUCAAAUUCAUACUGAUCGUUACUGUCUAUAUUGAUAUUACAGCGCGUGACAAGAGUAUCGUUAGCACUUUCGGCAAGUGUUUCGUGAGCGGUCUUAUCAAGUAUGCAUUUUGUUAGUUUGAAGUCAUCUGUCGAGUCCUGAGAUUUUUUAAUUAAAGGUUUGAUGUCAUCAAUUCUAUUUGCUGUCGAAAUUAUCGGGCUUUCUGUAUUUACUGUCGGUGCAACUGCCAAUUUCGCUCAUGCAGAAAAUGAUUUGAGAUGGAUAGUUAAAAAUUUGUCAACUCGCAUAGGUCUUGCUUCGUUUCGUAGCAAACGAUGUUUUAUGUCGUUGAAUUCGAACUCUACGAAACUAGAACUAGCAUUUAUUUCUCCGAAUUUAAAAUGUUGUAUCAUUAGACCCGUGUAUAAUGGAAAAAACGGUAACAAGGCGCUGAUAUGUUUGCUCACUUGUGGUAAAUAGUAUGGACUUAUUUCCACUCCACUGGAUGCAUUUGAUA